AUGUUCUCCAAGAUAUCGCCGAAGGCGCUUGCGCUUUCUUUGCUGGCCGUCAGUGCACAGGCUGCCCGUGUUCGCCUGCAGUCCCGUGCGGCCUCCUUCGACUUCCACACUGAAAAGGUGCGCGGUGUCAACCUCGGAGGUUGGCUUGUGUUGGAACCCUGGAUCACGCCUUCGAUAUUCGACGAGGCCGGCGAUGGUGCCGUCGAUGAAUGGACCUUGACCGAAGUCCUGGGCAAAGAUGGGGCCCAGGCUCGGCUUUCGGACCACUGGAACUCUUUCGUUACGCAGGACGAUUUUGCACGCAUAGCUGCGGCGGGACUGAACCAUGUUCGAAUUCCUAUCGGAUACUGGGCUGUUGCGCCGAUCGAUGGAGAACCCUACGUCGACGGUCAGUUGGAACAUCUUGACAACGCAAUCUCUUGGGCCAGAGCUUCUGGUCUCAAGGUCUUGGUUGAUCUGCAUGGUGCACCGGGCUCUCAAAAUGGCUUUGACAACAGUGGACGGAAAGGCCCUGUCAACUGGCAGCAAGGAGGCACAGUUGAGCACACCCUUGAAGCCAUCGAUGUCUUGGUCAAGCGUUAUGCUCCUGAGGAUGAUGUCGUGAGCGCCAUUGAGGCCGUCAACGAGCCCAAUGUCCCCGCUGGGGUGAACGAGGUCGGUCUACGUGAUUACUACGAUGAGGUUUAUGACCGAGUCCGUGAGCACAACGCAAAUACCGCAGUUGUCUUUGCGGACGGUUUCCUGCCCGUGGAAAGUUGGAACGACUUCAGCGUUGGCGACGAGAACACAGUGCUGGACUCCCACCACUACCAUAUGUUCGACAACGGCCUUCUUGCUCUGGACAUCAACAGUCACGUCAACAACGUCUGCCAGUAUGCGCACCAGCACCUGCUGGCCUCCAACCGGGCUGUCAUUGUCGGGGAGUGGACCGGUGCUCUGACUGACUGUACCAAGUACCUCAACGGAAAGGGGGUCCUCGCUCGAUACGACGGAACCUAUGCCUCCGACACCAAGUUUGGUGACUGCGGGGAUAAACACCAGGGAUCCGUGGCGGAUCUUCCCGCCGGGGAUCAGGAAAACAUUCGACGCUUUAUCGAGGCCCAGCUGGACGCCUACGAACUCAAAUCGGGCUGGCUGUUCUGGACCUGGAAGACCGAGGGGGCACCCGGAUGGGACAUGUCGGAUCUGCUUGAGCACGGCGUCUUCCCCGAGCCUCCCACGGACAGAAGAUACCCGAACCAAUGUGCCUAA